AUGAUAUUUUCUUUAAACGAGCUAGUACACUGGCUAGGUUUAACAAUCUUUGAGAUAUGUAUAAAUUUAGUUUCAUUGACAAUGUUUACAUUGUUACUAGCACUGAAGUUAGACGAUAAUUAUUUCGUAGGAAACGCGGGAUGGUGGAUAGUAUUUUCACCACUUUUUGUCGCGGAUGGUUUGAACACUUAUUUUUGUGCAAUUAUUUUCAUAAGGAUGCACAUGGAAGGAAUGAUCAAAGUCGCCAUUCUAAGAGCGUUGUGGAGUCUUAUAUCGUUACUUUUAAUAUUUGUUUUCAAAUAUCUCCUAUGUAAGAAGCUAACAGGACAAAGCACUUUGGAAUAUUCAGAAGUGUUGAGUCCUAUAUUCAUUCUUUUACAAUUAAUCGCGGUUAGAGCAUGUCAACUUCAUUGAUUAGUUAUUAAGAGCUGUAUAAUUACAAUGUGUAAUGAAACAUAUGAUUUAAAAAUAAAUUACAUGUACAAACAAUAGAAUGUAAAUAUCGCGUUUCAAUAAAGAAUGGUUUAUUUAUA